AUGGUCCCUCUUAGUAACAGCACUGCUGAAAACAUAGGAAGUUCUGAUGUACUUGGGAUGAAGACCUGCCAAUUUUAUUUACUUUUUCACGGUGAAACUAAGCUUGGUAAUGGUUUUCGAGGAUUCUUGUAUUUCGUGGCUCUUGCAUACUGUUUUAUUGGGUUAUCAGCUAUAACUGCCCGUUUCUUCAAGUCCAUGGAAACUGUUGUUAAGCAUACUCGGACAGUUGAAGAGAUGGAUCCUUAUACUAAUACCAAAAUCGUUAGACGCAAAAAGGUUUGGAAUUACGCCAUAGCUGACAUUAGUUUGCUGGCAUUUGGUUUAGGUCCUGGAACACUUGUUGGAUCUGCUGCUUUUGAUUUGUUUCCCAUCCACGCUGUUUGUGUUGUGGUUCCUAAAGCUGGAGAACUAAAAAAGAUAGCAGAUAUUGGAGUGUGGCUUGUAGAGCUUUUUUGGUCUUUCUGGGCUUACAUCUGGUUAUAUAUAAUAUUGGAGGUAUGGACUCCGAAUGUUAUUACUCUUUGGGAAGCUUUGUUGACCGUGCUUCAAUAUGGACUGUUGCUAUUACAUGCAUAUGCUCAAGAUAAGCGUUGGCCAUAUUUGUCUCUGCCGAUAAAAAGAAUCGAGAGGCCGGAAGAAUGGGUUCCGGCGGAAGCUACCCCUCGCAGGAAUGAAAUAGCAACUCGUGAUAUCCUUGAAGAUGAAUAUGAAAACCGGGACAUUGUUGAUGUUUUCUCCAUCCAUAAUCAUCCUGUGUAUCAAAAAUUGCCUGAUAGUGACCUCACUGGACCCUCAGAUGAAUCUUGCCGUGAAACUCCUGAUAAUUAUAAUUUGAUCUCAAUAUGGAAGCAGCAGUUCGUUGAUGCAUGCGUGCUCGAAAUCCCACAAGCGAAGAAACUGAAUAACACAUGCCUUAGGUCUGCAAAGGCUUUCUGGCAGUUGCUCCUUGCACCCUGGAGACUUCUGUUUGCUUUUGUUCCACCUUGUCACAUUGCCCACGGAUGGGUCUCUUUCAUUUUGUCCUUGGUUUUCAUCAGUGGAAUAGCUUACAUUGUGACUAAGCUCACGGACCUAAUAAGCUGUGUCACAGGCAUUGAUGCUUAUGUUAUAGCAUUUACAGCUUUGGCUGCCGGGACAUCAUGGCCAGAUUUGGUGGCGAGCAAGAUUGCUGCCGAGCGGCAGAUCACAGCUGAUUCGGCCAUAGCUAAUAUCACUUGCAGUAAACAGAUUUAUGAAACGGUUUUUGGGGCCCAACUUGUGAUAUCUGAAGUCCAAGCCCAUACUCUGACAAGCUCCAAAGUUGCAGAUAACAGCACCAUAAUAGCAACAAAAGGCCCACCUUUUUUCAAACCUGCGGCGCUUCGAGCGGCUGGCGACUGCGUCCUGGGUUUGCAACUUGCACUACUUGUUUUCACCGGCUAG